AUGGCUGAUUCACAAAAUUCAUCAACCCGUGAGCAAUGCCUCUACAUGGCUAAAGUUGCAGAGCUAGCCGAGAGGUACAAUGAGAUGAUGAACUACAUGAACAAACUAGUUCGUGCCUCAGUAUAUCCAACUUCCGAAUUAACUUCCGAGGAGCGGAGGCUGCUCUCAACGGCUUACUACCGCGUAAUUUCCAUGCAUCGUUCUGCAUGGCGAAAAAUGCGAUCUCUUGAGCAGAACAAUGACGGCAACACAAACGAUGAUUUGGUUCUGGUUCAGGAGUAUCGAGCCAGGAUAGAAGCUGAUAUCUCAGAGAUUUGUGAUGGGAUCCUGAAGCUGUUAGAUGAAACGCUAAUUCCCUCGGCUAGUUCAAGUGAAUCGAAGGUGUUUUACUUUAUUACAAAAGGAGAUCAUGAGAGGUACUUGGCUGAAAUUAAGGGUGAUGAUGAACGUAGAGAGGCUGCUGAGAAAGCCAUGCAAUCUUAUCAAACUGCUGAGCAAAUUGCACUGGCUGAUCUUCCACCAAAACAUCCUAGGCGAUUGGGCGUGGCACUCAACUUCGCUGUGUUUCACAGUGAGAUUCUGAAAGCAUGCGAAUCAGGUUGCAGCAAGGCUAGACUGGCUUAUGCUGCAGCUCAUUCAGACGAAACCCAAUUGCCUGAGGAACUCCAAGAGGAAAGCGCCGCGAUCAUGCAACGACUCCGGAAUAAUAUCACUUUUUGGGAUGCCCAAAGGACAUUGGAAGAUUAUGCGGUUCAUAUAUGA